UUAAUAAAAUGUUCAUAUUUCCAUUCCCAUUCCAGCUCAAAGCUUAGAGCUCCUCCAUUAAUUUAUACUUUCUUGAGCAAAACGUUUCCUUUACAACCCAACACCGAUCUGCUCUAUCUCCCACUGAAUCACUACCCGAUCCCGGAGGAUCGGAUCAUCCAUGAUGAUGAAGAUCUUCAUGGCCUUUGCGUCAUGGAUAAAAAGGACAAGAACAAGGGCUUAGGCAAGUCUGCACUCAUAUCUUGCAGUGGAAGCAGCAAAAGGGAUGAAGAUUGUGAUCCACAGAAGAAGAUGCAUCGAGACGUCGAACGGGGGAGGCGGCGAGAGAUGAGCACCCUUUGCGCGUCUCUCAGAUCAUUACUCCCUCUCGAAUAUAUUAAGGGGAAUCGAACGACGUCGGAUCAUAUAGGCGGGGCUGCAAAUUACAUAAACCAUCUCGAGAGGAAGAUCAAAGAGCUGGAAAGUAGAAGGGAUGAACUAAAGAGCAGUAAUCGUUCAGUGAGAGCUUCGAGUGUAGGGCCUUGUCUGGAUGGAGUGGAAAUAGUCAUCCAAAGUGCUAGUUCCAGGGACCAAGACCCUAAUUUUCCAUUAUCGAAGGCGUUGCAACUACUACUUGAAGAAGGAAUUAGUGUAGCAAGUUGUGUUUCCACUAGAAUUAGUGAAAUGACAUUCAUCCACACCAUCCAAUCCGAGGUACAACUCUCAUGAAGAAAUGUUGUAGAAUUAGGGUUUAUGUGUUGAUUUAGUUCAAUGAAAAAUGAUCUAAGUGCUAAGGAUUUAUCCCCUUAUAUUCUCGUCAUCUUUUUUCAGGUGUGCCAUGCCAGGUGUCUCGAUAUAGCUCAGCUGCAAUCAAAACUUGAUGAAGUGCUUGCAGAAUAUUGAGUGAGAUACAUUGUUUUCUGCUAAUUGAUUGAUAUGAACAGCUUCCCUAUUCUUUUCAGAUUUCCAUUAUCAUCGGUCCUCUUGGACAAAGAAUUGUGUAAUUGAUGUUUCUCAUGUGUGCACAAGGAGGAGGUUUUCAAUCCUACCAGACUUGGGUUUUCAAGAUCUUUUGAAGGGUUUGCAGCAUUCAGGCUAAAUCGUUUUACAAGUAGUGCGCCCAAAUCGCCGUAAUAUUAUCCGGGUUAUCCCCAUCUAUA